AACAAAUCCACAUCUGCUGCUCACCGGGCAAGAGAAGGCGGGCGGGCGGGCGAAAGCAUACGAUACCACCCCGCUCGGCCGAUACGACUCACUCGGCCGAUACCACGCUCGAUAUUCGACCAAGACGGCCAUUCGACUCAUCCGACCGACGCAAGCGCAUCAGGCUCCACGGCGCACUGGUCAUGGAUGCCGAUGCUUCGUCUCCAUCCAGGGCCUCGCAUUUCCUGGCUCUCUCGCGCAAGAUCUGCCGCUUGGCCGAGGCUUCGACGCCGUCCCAGCUGCUCGCCCAGUAUCCGGCGCGGACCCUCUGGUCCGUCUGCUCGUACAUCAAGGCCGAUCUAAGGCUCAUCGUGCAGACCCAGUUGCCACACCUAGAAUGCCCGCCUCUGGCUCUGAUCUCGACUCUGUCGAGGGUUCUCGCGGCUCUCGCCAGGCAUCCCACCACCACCAAUGUCCAUCCAGACCAAAGCCGCCAGGAAGAAUCCAACCGGAUCCUCGAAGUCAUCUACGCCGUCAUCCCGUUCUUGAGCGUGUCGGCCGAUCUGCCCUGUCGGCUUGCGGCUGCCAUGUUGAUUGCGCAACUGCUUCAUCCAGCCCAGUCGGUGCAGCAUCUUGCCUUCAAGCCAAGGACCCUCGUCGCCGGUAUUUUCGACUCCAACGACCGCUCCCGGCACAAGGGCACCAGGCUUCUCCAGCACACCAUGCUGCUGACGUCGUUUCCCAACAAAGACCUCCAGCUGUGCACCCUGCACAUCUUGCUGAUCGUUGCCCACAUCGCUCCGGGCCAAGUCGCCACCGCCCUCGCCAAGACCGGCCUGGCCCCGCUCACCGACAUCUUCUUGCAAAUUGCAGCCUCUCUGCGAAGCGAUGCAGCUGGCUCGGUUCUGGAGCCGUGCAUCUCGGACAACUGGGUUGCCGUCACCAAUCUCGUUCAGACCAUGGCAAAGUCAAAGACCCUGGCCGUCGCCGACUGUCGUGACCCAGACCGGCUUUUCCCACGAGCCGUCCUCUCCACAGCCGUUUUGGCCUGCCAAGCAGCCGCCAACCUCGACUCUGGUCGUCUCACGGCCAUUUUCUCGCUGAACAGCAAGCCACUCAAAUUUCUCCGCCAUCUGCUCGAAUCCUUGUCGCUCCUCUGCGAGCAAGAUACCUGCUGGCGAAUGCUUGCCUCGACGCUGGAUCUGGCACGAUCCCUUUCGCUGUUGCUCGAGCGGCUCUUGGGCGCCAUCACCGGCGAUGCCAAAACUCUCGAGAGUAACCCAAACGCCGCCUCGGUCGAAUACCUCAGCGAACUCUUUCAUCCCAUCAAGAGCGGCCUCCAAGUGUUUCUAUGCCAGGCGAGAGGCUCCGCGAAACCGCACUGCAACCCGCAAGAAUGGUCUUCUGUCGUAUUUGGCGCGGCACAACGCCUUCUGAGCGAAAUCGGAGUGCUGCUAUCCGGCACAGUUGCUCCUGCUGCUCAGGGAAGCACUGAAGCAACGGAGGAUGUUGAAGACGAUACGAUCUGGCUGGAGGCUCCUGCGACGGACUGCUGGCCCGCCUGGGUCCAGAUUCUGCGGCCUUCACUCUUGACCUCGGUCUUUGACUUACUCAGCAUCCUUCUGGGCAAGCAGGCGCCUUCAAAACUCGACCACGCCCUGGUUCCAGCGCUCGUGACACUGCAUACGUUUGUGCAUUCGAAAGAAUUCCAAGCAGCUCAUGGGCUUGACAAACAAAAGAUGACCAAAUGCCGACUGCUCAAACUGGUUGCUACCGUGAUUUCGACGUCCGGCGGGCUAGCCAAAUUCACCGCAGUGCGAGGCCCGUCAGUCGAGCAAUUUUUCGCCGACCUUGUUAGCAACAUCGCUAUGCGCGAAGCUAUGCGCACAGGCGACGAGGACGAUCUACUGCUGCGUGCCCUGCGUGUUUCAGUCCAGUUGGCCGGAUGCUCUUCUCUGCGCGCCCUGCUGCUCAAGGCCGGUGUCCUCAGAGAAAACCUGGCUGUCGACUUGGUCCCCGCCUUGUUUCGGCUCCCGUCGGCCUCCGAGCUGCUAUUACGCACCGUCUAUGCAUGUGGGGCAGACUCAUCGACGCGGGCACUCCUCCGAGAUCAGUGGGAACUGCCCCAGAUUCUUCUGGCAGUCUUGAUUGGAUACCGCAAGUCGAUCGACGAGCCGCUACCCUGGACGACUUUGCAAACAGCCUGGCCUGCCAAGCUGGCCGAUAUGGCAUUGUCUAUUCUCGCGGACCACUUCGUUUAUGACACUACCAUGCUGUCCCAUCUCUGUGACUGCAGUCUCUCCGCUCUGGCGGCCUCUGGUGUUUUGCCGAUCCCUGCAAGUAUAUAUGGCCGAGUUCUGGACGAAGGCUCUGCUCAAAAAACCGUAUCGAUCAUUCCGGUCCUGUGGAGCUUGAUGCGGCAAGACACACAGCGCCAUUUGCUUGUUCUGCGAUGCCUUGACGCUGCCACCACAAUCACACUUGGGCAGCGGCCCUUCCUCUACAACAGCGUCAUAUUCUCUGAUCUCAUCCAAUGCUUUCAGUCAAGUGCGCUGCGGCAAGGGUCAGCCCCGAGCUCAUCUGAUACGGAGGCGCUUGCACUUGUGCUUCGAAUCAUCAUCAAGCUUGUAACCAAUCCAGAGCUAACAUACGAGAAGAUAGCGGAGGGUAUCUAUUUUCACGCGCUCUACCCAGUCUUCCAGUGGGAGGUCGCUCGAAAUCACCGAUACCAAGAUCUCAAUAUGUCCAACUUGGCAUCAUAUCUAUGGCCUGUGAAUCUCAGUUGGAGCUCCCUUGGGCUCGGAAAUGUCAUAUAUGCUCUCGAGCACGACCUGGAGCUUAUGCAAGUUCUCAAGACCGCCUUUGACUUUUACCAUGGCGACAAGAUCAACGACCAGACCCGGCCUAUGGCUGAGAAGGCAGCGCUGUCCAUAGCAUGGUGCUGUCCCAGGAACAAAUGGAGCCAGUAUCUGUUUGGCGAAGAAAACAGUCCCGGAGGACGCUCUCUGGCAGAGCACGAUCCCAGUAGCCGCCCAACGGUCCUCGGCGUUAUCAUGGAUAUGUACAUGAGUUUGCAAGAUCCUGCUGCUCCGCGCGGUACCCAGCGCAGAGGCAUGGCAGCAUGCACUAUCGAAUUCCUGGCCUUCCGAAAGUUUGAUGACUGGCCAUGCCACCCGUGGGACAACUUGAGCGAUACAGAAGGUAUCCUUGUCGGCAUUCUAUCCAACAAGCUGAAACACGAGCCGCCGCCGGAACCGAGUCUGGAUGUCCUCGUCCUGUCUUUCGAGGAGGAGGAACACGAGGAAGAGCACGAGGAGCAGCACGAUGUGCCAUCCCAGCGCCCGGACAAUCGCCAUCUUCGAAUAUCCAGAAAGCUCCUCUCUGCGGCAUCACCGAUGCUGAUGACCAUGUGCUAUGGGGCAUUUGCCGAAGCACAGCAGACCGAGGUGCAUAUUUCGAGUGGGACGAUGGACAUUUGGCUGGAUAUUGCAUGCUUUAUCCAGUACUCGUCGCGCCUGCCCAUGCAUGAACGAAUCAGCCCAGUCAACCCAAUCAACCCAGUCAGCCCAGUCAGCCCGGUCGAUGUCGCAAAUCGUCUGAUCAAGCUUGCUCACAUUGCGGAUCAGUACCUGAUGGUGUCCUUGUUCGAUACAUGUCUGUCCCUGAUGGAGCGACAUGUCCAGGCUUCAGGAAACGCUCGUAGCGCAGAGCGGGUGUAUGCUUGGUGUCGCUCCGAAGGCGAUGCGCUGCUGGGUAUGACUGCGAGACUGGAUCGCUUGCGGCAGGCAUCGCUGCGGGGAAUAGCGCUGGGAUUGCACAGCAUAGAGCCCGAGCCGUUUCUCGCUGCUUGUCCCGACGCCUUGAAUGAGCUUGGGCUUUUGCUCCGUUGAAGCGCCUAUCUUCUGGCAACCAUCAGCGGAGAGCAGUGCCGACAAUACAUACAAGUCUAUCCAGAAAGAAACGGGACAGUCACUUUCUGGCUUCUGAAGCCCGCUGACUGACUUGUAGGCCCAGCGGGCAGGCCGUGGCAUUGCACUCCUGUCUUCG